UAACUGACAGGUUAAAAAGUGAAUGGAGGCCUGCGAUUGGUCGGCAGUGCGACACCUUCGGUGGGCGUGACCUGGGUGUGGCUCGCCACAGAAGUGCGAAAAAUCCGCAGGACCGCUUCCAGAGUGAAGACGUGCAGAAGAUAGCGAGACGGAUUUGGGUGAACAUCAGCGAAGAUGGCGGACCCGCUUCGUUCGGCCAGGAGCACCAGCGCGACGGAGGACACGUCUCUUGUCCUCCCGUCCGACAAGAACAAUUUCACCGGGAAGCAGCGAGUCAUGCAGCAGGUGAACAGCAUCAAGAGAAGCAAGUCAAAAAUAGUCAGAAAUGACACGGGGCAGUCACCAACAUCUCCAUCAUCUGCGACGGAAUAUAGUGAGCCAAAAUUCCAGUUUUCCCCGACAAAAAUGAAUGGCUCUCUCUUCAGAAAGAGCUCGGCCAACAUGAGCAGACGCCAGAGCAGAAUGAAUGGCCAUAGCGAAUCUGUGCGCAAAACCGUGAGAAGACAGAUUCAGAGCACCAGCCAGUUUGAAUCUCAAAUGCAGAUGCAGACAGCAUUCAAUGGCAUAAAGCCCAGUGGCAGCGAUCCCACCUUAAAUCACGCCGCCACCGUAAUGAGGGGCAACCUAUCACGUGCCGCAACCUAUCAUGUGAAAUCUGCCAGCUCAUCACAGUCGAUGACGAAACCCAGGAGCAAAUCAGAAGCGUUGAGUACAAAUGAUCUCACAGCAGCUUUUGCUGGCAUGACUCUGAAGGAAGCGGUGGAGUGCCUCAAACACUCAGACGACAUAUAUCAGCUGCGUGGAGCAUCAUUCAUACAGCAUCACACCUUUGCAGAGGACAGUGCCAAAAAUGAGGUUUGGCUGUUGGGAGGGAUUCCUGCUCUCAUUCAGCUUUUGAAAAUUGACAAUACUCAGCUGCAACAGACGGCAGCUGCUGCACUACGUAACGUGGUCUUUAAAGACAUGAGGAACAAGCGCCAGGUGGAGAGUUGUGGAGGAUUAGAAGUCAUUAGGAAUGUGCUUGCAUCCAGUAACGACACGGAAACCCAGAAACACAUCACUGGUUUGUUGUGGAAUCUUUCCUCGGCUGAUAUUUUGAAGCCAGAGCUCAUCAAAACUGUCCUGCCCCAGCUCACAGAAAGCAUUGUGGUCCCAUACAGCGGGUGGCCUGUCAGCAGCACCGACAGCACUGACAAGCAUAUCGAACCUGAGGUCUUCGACAACACCACCGGCUGUAUAAGAAACCUUAGCUGUGCAGAUAUAGAAGGAAGGAUAUCGAUGAGAGACUGCCCAGGCCUGAUCGACUCUCUUAUGACAUACGUUCAGUCCCAGGUGGAAAGAUACCAGCACGACGACAAGACGGUGGAAAACUGUGUCUGUGUACUUCAUAACUUAAGCUACCAGCUGGAGAGGGAGGCUCCGGAGUCUUUUUCUAUCCCAGAUGAAUCCCCAAAAGACACAAGCAAACAGGGCUUAUUCAACCCCAAGAACUCCAAGAUUCAAAAGGACAUUUCAUUUCCAUCAAUGGAUAAGAAGAAGCCUAAGGGUGUGAGUUGGCUGUACCAUAUAAAGUCCCUGCAACUGUAUUUGACUCUGCUGAGCUCCAGUACGAAUGUAGCCACACUGGAGGCGUGCUGUGGAGCUCUACAAAACCUCACUGCUUCCAAAAACACUGUGUCCACUCUGAUGAGUAAGACCAUUGUUGAAAAGUUGAAUGGCUUGCCUUCCAUCUCUCCACUGCUAAAUUCGCCAAACCCCAGCCUGCAGAGGACGGCAAUGUCCUUGGUGGGAAACAUGUCCCGGGUGACAGAACUGCGCGGUGCUUUGGCCAAGGAAGUUCUCCCACACCUCACAUCGCUCCUCUUAUCUGUGGACUCCAAAAUGGCCGGUUCUGACUCCACCAUCAGCUCAGCGUGUCGUGUGAUGCACACACUCAUGUUGUCCAAGGCCGAGCUCAGCAAAAAGGUGCUUAGCAGAGAUCUGAUAGACUCUCUGACACAGCUGAGUAGAAACAUGGUAUUCACAGAUGGAAGAAGAGCCGCCGGUGCUCUUCUGUACACUAUGUGGGGCAAAAAAGACAUUCGCAGUAUCUUAAAAAAGCAAGGGAUGAACAAGGACACGUUUAUAAACGACGUCACGGCUGCAUCGUACAAAAUAGUAACAAGCAGUCUUCCCCGCUGAUCGACAUGUUGUUUUGCAGAUAUGGUCUCUGUGAAGCCACAAAGAGAACAGCAGUUUGGAUUGCCUACAUAUACUGUUGGGUAUAUUUGCUUCUUGCUAGCAAAAUCCUUUUAGUGCCUAAUGUGCACGUUUACCAUGGGAAACAGUUUGUACACUUUGGCCUGCCAAACUUGCACUACUGGUCUUGCAGAAUAGUAAUUCCUGUCAUCUUUUUGUAUUGCUUUUCUACGCUGUUAUUUAGCAAUAUUGAAACUUUCUCGAAUGCCUAAUAUUAAGAUACAUGCUGAUUCAUGAGUGUUUCUUAAUGCCGUAUGGCCUGUGUGGUUGUCAGUAUCUAAAUGUCCCUUCGUGUAACGGUGUUUGAGCACUUGAGCGUUUGAAAAAUGUAAAUGUUAGGGCUGCAACUAACGAUUAUUUUAUAAUCAAUUAAUUUGCCGAUUUUUUUUUUUUUCGAUUAAUCGACUAAUCGGAUAAAAACAAAAAUGUUAGGGCUGCAACUAACGAUUAUUUUAUAAUCAAUUAAUUGGCCGAUUAUUAUUAUUAUUUUAUUUUUUUUCGAUUAAUCGACUAAUCGGAUAAAAACAAAAAUGUUAGGGCUGCAACUAACGAUUAUUUUAUAAUCGAUUAAUCGGUUGAUUAUUUUUUCGAUUAAUCGACUAAUCGGGUAGAAACAUAAAUAUUACUCAAUUACAUUUUUCAAUUUUCAUUAUAGCUAAAUAAAGCACUAAAUUAGGGUAUUCAUGUGUAGAAGUGUACUUUUAAAAGUGCAUAGUCACAAUUUUUAUAAUCGAUUAAUCACCCGAUUAUUUUUUAUUAAUCGACUAAUCGGAUAAAAACCAUAAAGGGCUGUAAAUAACGAUUAUUUUAUAAUCGUUAAUCGGACGAUAAUUUUUUCUAUUAAUCAACUAAUCGGAUAAAAACCAUAAAGGGCUGCAAAUAAUGAUUAUUUUAUAAUCGUUAAUCGGUUGAUUAUUUUUUGCACUUAAUCGACUAAUCGGAUAAAAACAUAAGUAUUACUCAAUUACAUUUUUUAAUUCUCAUUUUAGCUAAAUAAGACACUAAAUUAGGGUAUUCGUGUGUAGAAAGUGUACUUUAAAAAGUGCAAAAGCCACACACUACUACACAGUUCGCCCUCUAUGA